AUUCACGAUUUCAUGCAAAGUUUAUUUUUCCAGCGCUCGAGCUUCCGAAGCCGUCCGAGGUGCGCCCUCGCGCCCCAUUUCGCAUUGGUCGGCGCUCCUGUCGCCGGAUCUCUGUAAAGACCUCUCCGGAGCUCCGCCGCCGCCGUCUUCUAUAGGGGGUUCUCUCUCGCCGAGAUCCACGAGAGAAAGAAGCCCUACAGAGAUUUUUUACUCGCUAGGCUUCGGAUCGAGGCAUCGAUCCAUGGAGUUCACCGACGCCUUUAAGCAGACGGGCCCCUGUUGCUUCUCUCCGGACUCUCGAUUCCUGGCUAUUGCCGUCGAUUACCGCCUCGUCAUCCGCGACGUCGUCUCCCUCAAGGUCAUUCAGCUCUAUUCAUGUGUCGACAAGAUAAGUUAUGUCGAAUGGGCCCUCGACUCGGAGUACAUACUCUGUGGUCUUUACAAGCGACCAAUGGUGCAGGCAUGGUCGUUAACCCAGCCAGAAUGGACUUGCAAGAUAGAUGAAGGUCCUGCAGGAAUUGCUUAUGCGAGGUGGAGCCCUGACAGCCGUCACAUACUGACCACAUCGGAGUUUCAGCUGCGGUUGACUGUUUGGUCGCUGGUGAACACUGCUUGUGUCCAUGUGCAGUGGCCGAAACAUGCCUCAAAGGGUGUUUCGUUUACCCAGGAUGGGAAGUUUGCUGCAGUCAGCACUAGGCGUGAUUGCAAGGAUUAUAUAAACCUGCUCUCCUGUCAUACAUGGGAAAUUAUGGGUACAUUUGCUGUUGACACGAUAGACUUAGCAGGUGUUGAGUGGUCUCCAGAUGAUAGUGCCAUUGUGAUCUGGGAUUCACUUCUUGAAUAUAAGGUUUUAAUUUAUUCUCCAGAUGGGAGAUGCCUGUUUAAGUAUCAAGCAUAUGAGAGUGGCUUAGGCGUGAAAACUGUUGCCUGGUCUCCAUGUGGCCAAUUUCUAGCAGUGGGUAGUUAUGAUCAGAUGUUACGGGUAUUGAACCACCUGACUUGGAAAACUUUUGCAGAAUUUAUGCACAUCUCCACGAUUCGCAAUCCUUGUAAUGCUGCCAUUUUCAAGGAAGUGGAUGAACCUUUGCAACUUGAUAUGUCUGGAUUAUGCUUGACUGAUGAUUUCCCUCAUAAUAUACAAGGAAACAGUCCUGAAAAUGUUGCAGAGGGAAAUUCCAGAGUGAAGUACAAAGUAAUGGAUUUUCCUAUUAGCUUGCCAUCCCAAAAGCCAGCCAUAGAUAAGCCCAACCCAAAGCAAGGCAUUGGUCUGUUGUCGUGGAGCAAUGACAGCCAUUAUGUCUUCACUCGUAAUGAUAACAUGCCAACUGUGCUUUGGAUAUGGGAUAUUUGCCAUCUCGAGCUUGCUGCAGUUUUGAUGCAGAAAGAACCAAUCCGUGCUGCAGCCUGGGACCCAACAUGCCCCCGCCUUGUUCUAUGCACUGGGAGCCCACAUUUGUAUAUGUGGAACCCAUCUGGAGCAUGCUGUGUCAGUAUUCCACUUCCAAACUUUGUUAUCUAUGAUCUGAAAUGGAAUUCAGAUGGAAGCUGUCUUCUCCUGAAGGAUCGAGAAUCUUUCUGCUGUGCUGCAGUUGUGUCUAUGCUGCCAGAUUCCAGUGAAGAUAGUUCAGAUGGUGAAUGAGGUCCCUUUCGUGUCUAAGUGCAUAUCUUUCUUUUUGUGCCACAAAUUGUGCUUUAGUUCAGUUUCCUGCUCCCAUGGGUUACAUUAUUGCGCUUUAAUGAUGAAAUCUGUCACAGAAUUCCUAUUUCAGUUUUAUAAGAAGUUAAAUAUAUUCUCCUCGCCGGAA